AUGGCCGACCUCAAACCCCCAUUUACCGAGGAGACGGCGAGGAAGAAGGUCAAAGUUGCGCAGAACCUGUGGAAUACCCAAGAUCCCGUCCGGGUGGCCCAGGCUUAUACUGCGGAUUGCAUCUGGCGCAAUCGCACCUCGUUCUUCUCCGGCACGGAAGGAAUCGUCUCCUUUCUGACGGCCAAAUGGAACCGCGAGCACAACUACAAGCUUCGCAAAGAGCUCUUCUCUUUCACCGAUGACCGCAUCGCGGUGCAAUUCUGGUACGAGUUCCAGGACAAGGAAGACGGGCUGCGGUGGAAGCGGUGCUACGGACUGGAAGAUUGGACUUUUGAUCGGGAAACUGGAAAGAUGCGUAAGAGGAUGAUGAGUGGUAAUGAUAUGCUGCUUGGGCCUGAUGGAAAUGGAGAAGGAAGGUGGUUUGUGGAUGGGGUUGAUGUUGAGGACGUGAAGAUCGGAGAGGAGCAUUGGUAA